AUGUGGGUCAGUUUCGACGACCCGCUCGCGCUCCUCUCCAAGGUUCUCGCUCCGCCAUGGGAGGGCGAGCAGCCGGAUGAGCUCCCGCACACGUGCAAGCCGGCGGCGUGGGAGCGGCAGCAUGCCUGCUCCCGGGAUUGGGAGCACGACCUGCUCUGGUGCGGCCGCGCAGAGGGUAGUGUCGCCAUCCACCGCUUCAGGCUGCGAGAUCACGUGUUGGCUCGGGAGCUCGCGGCGGGCAUGCAGGCGCUGGCGCUCGAAGAGCGCUCCCGCGGCAGCUCUGGCGAUCAGGCCUCGAACGUCGGUGGCUUUCAUGGCGCCCGCGACCUGUGGGAACGGCCCGAGGUGCACGAGACUGGGCUGCCGCAGCUCGUGCGCUGCGCCGCAUGGUGGAACGCGCUGCCGCCGGGCUGCUGGAACGCGCUCCACACACACGCGGGCAGCACCUACUCUGGCGUCGUGUAUGCGAGCGGCGGCAGCCCGCGUGGCAGCCUCGCCGGCCGGCUGGCCCUGCUGCCGAGCGCGCCUCA